UUGCAUGCAGUUUUCUGUCGCUCUUGGUCUCCUUUGCAAACUGCAAUCGCAUGUCAGUCUCCGGCGAGCGCUGCUGGGCUCGGGCUCCGGCUGCUGGAGUCCGGCGAGAGGAGGGCUUGAGGGGCUUUUCCCCCUCUCUCUCCCUUUUUUUUUUAAUCUGAUGCAUGCAUUUGAUCCCGAUGAGUGUCAGCUGCGUGGGGGGCUCUGUCUUUUCAGUGCCCCCUCCCGCACUAAAGCCUGGGCGGGUUGAGGAGGAGGAAGAGAGGAAGCUAAAGGGGGGAGCUCAUUUUCUUCCUUGCAGACGGAUCGCUGGCUGGAUUGCAAUUCGCCAAGGGAGCAUGAUUGUUGAACAACACCUUGCGCGCAACAUCUGUGCUCUGCUAUCUCUGGAGAUGGACAGAUGUCAGGGGAAGCACCGACAGUACAUACAGAGAAUGGCGGAGCCUCGCUUUAACAACCCCUACUUCUGGCCGCCCCCUCCCACCAUGCCCAGCCAGCUGGACAACUUGGUUCUGAUCAAUAAAAUCAAGGAGCAGCUGAUGGCAGAGAAGAUCCGGCCCCCUCACCUGCCCCCAACCUCGGUGUCCUCCCAGCAGCCCCUGCUGGUGCCCCCCUCGCCUGCGGAGAGCAGCCAGUCCAUCAUGUCCCUCCCCAAACUGCAGCAGGUCCCAGGGCUGCACCCACAGGCCGUCCCCCAGCCUGACGUGGCCCUGCAUGCCCGGCCGGCCACCAGCACGGUCACAGGCCUGGGGCUGGCCUCCCGUGCCCCCGCGGUCAGCACCUCGGAAUCCAGCACUGGUACCAGCACCCCCUCCACCCCAACCUCCACCAGCCAGAGCAGACUCAUCGCUUCCUCGCCCACCCUCAUCUCAGGGAUCACCAGCCCCCCACUCCUGGACUCCAUCAAGACAAUCCAGGGCCACAGCCUGCUGGGGGCGCCCAAGUCAGAGCGAGGGCGGAAGAAGAUCAAGGCGGAGAACCCGUCGGGGCCACCCGUCCUCGUGGUGCCCUACCCCAUCCUGGCCUCAGGCGAGACCGCUAAAGAGGGCAAAACCUACAGGUGUAAAGUCUGCCCCCUUACCUUCUUCACCAAGUCGGAGAUGCAGAUCCACUCCAAGUCACACACAGAGGCCAAACCCCACAAGUGCCCGCACUGCUCCAAAUCCUUCGCCAACGCCUCCUACCUGGCCCAGCACCUGCGCAUCCACCUGGGCGUGAAGCCGUAUCACUGCUCCUACUGUGAGAAAUCCUUCCGCCAGCUCUCCCAUCUCCAGCAGCACACCAGAAUUCACACUGGCGACAGACCCUACAAGUGCCCACACCCUGGCUGUGAAAAGGCUUUCACGCAGCUCUCCAACCUCCAGUCACACCAGCGACAGCACAACAAGGAUAAGCCCUACAAGUGUCCGAACUGCUACCGGGCGUACUCAGACUCGGCAUCGCUGCAGAUCCACCUCUCCGCACACGCUAUCAAACACGCCAAGGCCUACUGCUGCAGCAUGUGUGGGAGGGCCUACACCUCGGAGACGUAUUUGAUGAAGCACAUGUCCAAACACACCGUGGUGGAACACCUAGUGAGCCAGCACUCGCCUCAAAGGACGGAGUCACCCAGCAUCCCAGUGCGGAUCUCGCUCAUCUAAUCUGGGGCUUCCUUGCCCACCCCUACCCUGCGCAGCUCUCCUCCCCCCAGUUCCGGAUCGCCAGGGGGCAGCUUGGAGACGAUCACACGGACCACCACCCCCCAGCACCGCCACCGAGUGCCCGCGCCUGCCGAGUCACGGGGAGCGACUGUGAAGACCCUCAUCUUUUGGGAGAAAUUAAUGAAUGAAUUAAUGUUUGGAAAACACCCCUCGGCCCUGGCCCCACCCCCAGCACCCUGCCGGGAGAGCCAGGGACUCGUCCACAGUUUUGGUGACAUCCAAAGACUAUUUCAGAGCACUUUGAAUCUCUGUUUGGUUCCUUCAUUUUCUUUCUUUUUUCCCUUCUUUCUGCCCCAUCCUCCGUACUCCUUUCUGCUCUCUUUUGGAUACAAGUAGAGAGAGAGAGAGAUAUAUAUAUUGGCCAAGAAGUUGGUGCUGCUAAAACCGAAAACCCAAACUGGACAGAGAAGCGCUGGAUGGCGUGGCAGGCAGGAUCUAGGGCCUGGCGCUCGGGCUCCUUCAGCCUCAGGAUGAGACUCUGGGACGUACCCAGCCUGGCGCUUGGUAUCUGCUGCCCCUCCGGGACUCUCCAUUGGGAGCCAGCGUGAGGCCGGCUGAGCAGGGAAUGGCUUAACCUGCUGGCUGGAGAGGUGGGAUCUGCUGGUGCAGGGACAGGUGCUGGAGCAGCAGCUGCAAGAGGGAGACCUUUGUUCCACAGACGUCGCUGUUCCCCACUGGGGCUCGUCCCUCUGCCACUUUGUCUAACCUCGUUGGGACAUUUUGGUUGUUUCCUUUUGUUUGUUUCAUUUGUCCCGGCUGGAGCUGCGCAGGACUGGCUGUCCCUGCGGCCACGCCGUGGUCCGUGCACAUUUCCCGGCGGCGCGAGGCAUCGCUGCUGGGGCUGUGCCCAGCGGGGGUAAGUGUGGUGGCUGCCGGAGGAGGCGCUCAGCCUACGACAGGGACACAGCUGGGGCUGGCCAAGUUCAUGGAGAGCAGGGCUGGUCAUGCCUCUGUGGAAUCCAGAGAUGCAGCCCAUGAAGACCACGGGUCCCAGCAUGCCGUGCUCUAGUGUGAGCUAAGCAGUAUCCCGCCAGAUCGGGAAAGCACAUUGCCUGCUGGGAGCUGUAGUCUAUAGGAUUGGGGCAGGAGUCAGGCAGACUGUGGCCAGUUCAGAUAUAGGCCCAGCUGUGGGGCUCCCCUUUCCAGACUCCAGCUCUGCUAAGCCAGCCAUGGUGUAUGGGAGUGGAGGAGCACUUUGGUCAUGGUGCUGAGGAUCUGGGGAGGGAGGGGGGGGGUGUUGGGAGCCUCAGCUGCCCACGAUCUGCGACCUCCCCCCGAGUCCAUCUGGUGCUAACUAGGGAUUGUCCUGAGCUAUGAAGGGGCGUUCGCUACAGAAGAGCGAGUGUGAGAGAUGGGUGCAGGGGGCUUGCUGCAGGUUAUGCUCUUUGGCAUGGAUUUUACUUUUCAAUCUCUCUUCCCCACUGUGGGCAUCUAGGGCUGCUGCUCCGGAAGCCGGGGCACCACGCAGCCUGCCAGGGUUUCCAGAGUAGCGGCAGCCUGGGGUCUCCUCUCUCACCAUCACCUCCUGGAUCCUGUGCUUGCUUAUCAAGGGGCUGGGCCCCAGGCAGAGUGUUGCAUGUGGGAGAGGGGAGUCCGCCCCAUGGGAAAGCUCCCUCCAGACCCCCAGCUACCAUCCCCUGCGCAGUGCAGUACAACGGGCUCCUACACGCCAGCUCUGGCCCUCCCAGCUAAGGGUUCCCUUAACUCUGCUCCUCCCUCCAGGUUCCCAGCAGGGCACUGGCAAGCGCUUUCUGCACCUUCACAGGGUUCACAUAGAAACCUCGUCUGGUGCCGGUCCCUGCCUCUCGCUGGGUCCCUGAACCCUGCGGCGAGGCUAGUGCUGACUCCGUGCCCUGGGGCUUUGGAGCAGUCGGUUGCUGUGGCACCUGCCGUGUCUGCAGGAUGGUAAUGAGCCCACCUGCAGAGCACCUGUUGGCUGGCACAGUAACAGCUGGGAGACAGCUGCCUGGGGCAGGGACUCCCACGCCAGCCUGCAGAUGCGCCUGGGGGCUGGCCUGGUGCUCACUGGAACAGCUGCUGGCGGGGCACAGCUCCCAUUCGCCCUGUGCACACGAGGGCCUGUGACUGGCUCCAUUUCUGACCCAGCUGCACCUGUCAGCACAAGUCACUUGUUCUGAACUUGGCUGACCCUACCUGGGCGCAGCCGGCACCGUGGUUUGGGCUUUGGCUUGUGCUGUGUGAAACAGGGCCGGUUAGAAUUAGAUUUGAGGGUCACUUGCAAAUGGCUGUAUUGAGCACGGUAGGGCUCUGCAGGACCUGGGGAGAUGAGCAGGAGAGUGCAGGGGACAGCCUGUGUUGCCCCUGCUCCCUGUUGCUGGCAUCGGAGGUGAGCUGGGACAUUAGCACCGCUUGGAUCUGAAAUUCUGAUCUGUUGGGGUCUGAUUCUGCUGCCAUGACAAAGCUCUUCCAGAGGUUAGUGGGGCAGGAUCAGACCGUGAGCCCUCCUGGGAUGCAGGUAACAAACCAGCUCCCUCCCGAGCAAACUAAAGCACUAAAGGGGAAGAGGAAAGCCUGUGUGCCCAGGGGGCUAUGCCCAGUAGCAGGGACUGGCAGUGCCUGAGGGGGUUGGCUCGCUCUGUCCUGGGACCAUGUGCCUGGUCAGACGAGCGAUGGGAGAAACGCAGAGAGGUCUGUAUUCCCGGAGCGGCGUUCCUUCCCCACCUCCCCUGGCACCUCCUGGAAAUCAGCCCCCCAGCAGUGCAGUCCCAUGGCAGGGACCUUGGAGCAAGCUUAGGAGGGAGAAAUCCAGCAACGUGAGACAUGAGGCCCUUCCCUUCCCUGGGGUCACCCCACUGGGUACAGGAGAGGUACCGCAGGCAUGGAUCCCGCUGCCCUCCAUGUGAUUCCCUCGGGACAGCUGGGGCACCAGCUUGAUCUCUGGCCUUUGGGGGCACUGAGCUGUUUUGGGAGCUGCAGAGCUUGCUCUCUGGCCAGAUGGACUGGAGGGGGAUUCCCCUAGCCGAGGGUGCUGUGGAUCUGCCUCUCUGCCCUGCAGAACCCCACGUACCUGUCACCAAGAAGCAAAUGCAGCAGGAAGAAUUAUUCACCAUGUGUAAAUACCUCCAAUGCAGCAGCUUUGGAGGGGCCUGGCCCAGCCAGAGUCAAUGACGGCAGCGUUCCUUGGGCGGGAGCUCGGAGCUAGCUCAGCUCAGCAGGGCCACGGUAGGGUCUAGGUAGGAGCUGGGACUGAUGGAGAGCUCACCACUGCUCCAGCUGGAAGCACUGGCUGGCUGCUCACACACUAACCCAGCUUCUCCCAGCAGGAGGCGCUGUGCAUUGCCAGAGAGAACAUCCUCCCAAGCAGGAGGUGAUACAGCCGCCUGUGGCCGCUGAAGCCUUUCACUGCCAGAACAGAAACCCUCCCAACCACGAGAGAUUUAAAAAAGCAGAGUGGAUCUAUCCCAUCCCUCUCCCCUCCCAGCAGCAAACCACAGAUCCCUUCCUGUUGGGUGAAACCAAUUCAAUAUGGUAUUAAAGCAGCAAGUAGAUGGACUUGCCCAGCUCCUUGCCAGCCUCCCUGUUUGGAAAGCCAUGCCCAUGCCUGCGGAUGGAUGGAUGGAUACAUGGAGUUAUAUGUGUGUGCGCGUGUGUGUGUGUGCACACAUAACACCUAUGUAUAGAGAAGGAAGAAUGCCCCACGUCCCUCAGCCCUCCAAAAAAGACUAGACAAAAACUCAUAUAUAUUAUGUACUCUUUGGUUCCGUUUUGGAUAUUAACUGUGUUAUUUUUAUACACUUUUUAAGCCUUAACUAUAUCAUUGUUUUACCAGGUUGUUUGUUUAUUGCCUACUCUGUUUAUUAAUUUGAUUCUCUUUUUACCCUGCCCUCUGCCCUGACCUUUGUUUCUGAAUUGAUGUUGUACGAUAUUCAAUAUUGUAACCUUUUUGUCAGCAUGUUAAUACUGUGUAAAUAUGCCUCUUAUACAUACUGUUAACACAUCUUUUUUUUUUUCUUUUUUUUUCUAUAUGAAAAUCCAGGCCACGUGUCUCUAGAUCUAGUUAUUACCUUAUUAAAAAAGAAAAAGGAAAAAAAAAAAAGGAUUCUCCCUCCCCCUUCUCUCUGUCUCGCAUUGUGGUUAACAGAAAGACAUGAGGAGGCUGCGGCUUCCAUAUCGAAAGUUUGCAUUAUGUUUAAAAGAAAAAAAGUUUAAAAAAAUUCAAAACAAUUUUUCUCUUUGUAUUUCUGUUGUGAAACAAAAUAAACUGUACAUGCAAACUUC